AUGGCUGCUGUGCUCGAGCGAAUGCGCAAUUGGGAAAAGAUUUUUCGACUACGAAGCGAUCAACCACUAUUUGUGUUUGUUCCCUCACGUAUGCAUAACCCAGCAGAUAGCGGAUACCCGUCUAAGCUUUUUCCGAAUGUUCUCGAACUCCAGUCGUUAAAAGUCGCUCGAUGCCUUCUCAUUCUGUGGGGUGCAACAGUUCAAGCUCUUGAUCUAAUUAUGUGUCAGUACCAUGCAAACGAGGAGUUCAGCCGAGCGUGUGAAUGCCAUCGCAGGAUUUGGAACUUUUUCGGCUGUGGUGGCACGAAAGACCAGACAGCCCUACAGCUCAUGGUUAUGGAGUCAAACAGAUGCGCUUGGUUAAUAUGUCGGUGUGUUGAGUACUUGUACGGCAAUGAGAUGGGGCUGGUCGGUCAUCAGUCAAUGAUCUAUGCAAAGUGGGUUAUCACGAAGCACUACCAUCAAUUGGGCAUGUCACGAGAGCUGGCUUGGUGUCACAAUAUUUCGAGAAUGUCAGGGCCUGGCGCAACUGGCAGGAUCCAGGUAAUGGAAUUUCAAUAUUAA